AUGGUGAAACAAAUUCCAAAUUUCGACAAUUUUCCUUGCCAUACUCAAGCGAUGGAAAGAUGUGUUAAGAUAAUUACUGAUGUAUCAAUAAAAGUGUGUGAUGAAGAAUCUAGAGAUGGUUACAUACGAGCUAAACUAAAUACCAGAAAGAAUUUGCCGAUAUGUGAAAGUAAUUGUCAAUACUAUGCUUCAAGAAGGGAGUAA